GCAGCAAGCAGCGUUGGGCUGCCUGGCGGCGGUGGCGCGGCGCUCGGCGGCGGGCGCGCGCGGCCUGCGGCGGCACGUCGCCUCACUCGAGGAGACCGCCACGUGCAAGGCGCCAUUGGCUACUCUGAUAGGUAACGAGUAUGUAUACAGGGUGUCUGUGGCAGCUGCGCCUGCUGCACUACUGCCCGCUGGCGCAGCAAGCAGCGUUGGGCUGCCUGGCGGCGGUGGCGCGGCGCUCGGCGGCGGGCGCGCGCGGCCUGCGGCGGCACGUCGCCUCACUCGAGGAGACCGCCACGUGCAAGGCGCCAUUGGCUACUCUGAUAGGUACGAUAUGCGAGCACCACCCCAGCGCUGUUGAGGAUGAAGUCACGAGGAUAUGGAGGGUGUUCCUCAACCUGCUGGACUCCAAUAAAUACUCGGUGACAGUGCGGAAGGCCAUAUUGGACGGCGUGCGCGGCCUGCUCACGCACUUCGGCGCCGAGCUGCCCACGCGCGAGCUGAACGUGCUGUACGAGCAGCUGCUGGCGCACCUCGACCACCCCAAGUGCGAGGCGGCGGCGCUGCAGUUGCUGGCGGCGCACGCGCGUCUGUUCCGCGAGCGCGUGGCGGGCGACGCGCGCGUGCGGGCGCUCGCGUGGCGCAGCGGCGCGCGGCCCGCCAUCCUCGCGCUGUACGGCGCGGCGGGCGAAGCGCUCGCUCCUGACGCGUUCCAGAAAAUCCUAGAUUCGGAAGUGUCGCCGCGCACGCGCUCGGCGCGCUUCUACGAGCGGUACACGGCGCUGCGCGUGCGUGCGCUGGCGGGCACGGGCGCGGACGCUACUGACGCCGCCGAGCACGCGGACGUGCGCGCGCUGCAGCACCGCGUGCGCUGCGGGCACGUGGACUGGGACACGUGCGAGGCGGUAUGUUGGUGUAUACACGCCAGGGUGCCGUUCAGUGAGUGCGUGCUGCAGGCGGCCAUCUUGUGUUACGAGCGCUUCCCCGCCAACAAGAGGAAGGAGGUCGUGGUGCACUCCCUGUUGAGGGCCGAUGCGGAGCUGAGAUCUUGUACAGUAAAGUUCCUGAUCGCCGAAUCAGUCCGCGCGGUCCCCGGCGCUGGGUGGCUUCGGCUGUGGCGCGAUAUGUUCGACGACGAGGACGGCAGGGACGCAGUGGUGGCGGAGUGCUGCGACCUGGUGCUCGAUGACGUGCUGCACUGCGUCACAGAUGUGCUGCACAGCUUUGUGGAUGACGAGUCGUCGUCCGACGCGCUGGCUCGCCUGCUGGCGCUGGUGCUGGACGUGCUGCGCGCGCAUCCCGCGCGCGUGCGGCGCCCGCUGAUGGCGCGCGCGCUGCGGCGCCGCGCCCGCACGCACGCGAUCGCGGCGCCCGCCGCCAUCUUGCUCGGCUUGCACUUGGGGGUAGUGUAUGAGGACUUGCCGCUGCAUACGUGCGCCGAUGAAGCAAUGCUUCUGAAGUUCUCCGAAGCGCUGCUGUGUGCGCCGGACACCCUUGCUGACAAGUGUCCGCCGCGCGACCUGCUCACAGCGCUCGAGAUAAUAUUCUCCAAUAACGAAACAGAGCCGGCCCUCCUGAGCAGGGCCGUGCAACAGUUGGAUACACUUUUGUCAGACGAUUCUCUCGACGAGUCAGACAGUGAGCGCGUACGCAAGAUUGUGGUGAAGCUGGAGAAACUGACCCAGUUUGUGGGGAAGAAGAGUAAAUUUGAAAGGAUACUGCAUCGGGACAUUGUUAUGUUUUUAGGUAAACACGGACAAGAAUUAGCGGAGCCAAGUGCAGAAAGUGACAGAAUGCUUAUUUAUAAUUUACAAAACUCUCUAGUAUUGGAUAUACCUCAUAAUGACGGUACCAUUAAGCUGAAUUUACAAGCAGUUCUGUACGCUGCCAUACAACGGGAAGACCUCGACGCUUUGAACAUGCUUCUAAGAGUUAUCACUGCUAAUUUGUCAAAGACCAGAGAGCGUCACAUCCUGCAGACGGCGUUGAUACGCGUACUGCUGUCCCUGUCGCACUGCGGCGCGAGCAGCACAGCCGUCUCGCUCUGCGACGCGAGCUGCGCCGUCGAUUUGUUUAAGUACGCGGUCCUAGAGAAGUCGACUCGAUCGCGGAAAAUACUUCUGGAUGCCACAGAAGUGUUACUGAGGAAAGACGGACAGAUUUUGGAAAAUAUUUUGGAGUGUUUCCUACAAAAUGAAAAUGAUUCAAUGUAUCAAUCCAGCGACAUAGCAAUAUUUAUACUGAACCAAAUGAAAGAAAACAACGCGUUAAGCCACCAAUACUUGCACACAAUCAUAGACAAGAUGAUUAGAGUCGAAGCGAGCUGUGACGUCAUCAAAAUGGCUGCCGACUUGUAUCUCGACAAGUGUAACCAAGUUGACGAUUUGCCGCGUGACGUCAUCAAAACACUCGACUCGACUAAGAAUGACGUCAAGAAAUGUGCGGUCGUAGUCGAAUUUGUGAAACGGUUACUGGAAAUUCGACUCAGUUCUGAAACAGAUGAGAUUCUCGACUUCAUACUCGAUGUAGUCAAGGAAUGUGAUGGAAAUGUCAAUUUGACACUUUUCAUGGGGGUAACUGAGGUGUUUGGAGCAGAGAGGGUCAAGAAAGCUGUUUUGUUUGAUAACUUGCUGGAAAAAAUUCUCAAUACAGAUUGUCGUGAUGAGUAUAAAAAAGAUUUUCUGCAUAUAAAGUUGGAUUUUUAUAACACGUAUUCUGAUGUCAUCCAGCAGGCUGGACAGCGUUGUCGUAUAGAGGAUUCGGAAAUAACAAUACAAAAUAUUAUAGAAUAUGGAGAGAAAUUGACAAAAUUCCUCUCUGAUGACACAAUAUCAGUUUGGUUCAGACAUCAGCCCAUAGACGAUAUCACAAGAAGUAUCGAGCGAUACGACUUUAAGGCAGAACACGAGGACUGCGUCCGCGCCAUGCGGGUCAUGCUCCUCGAGUGCAAGCGGCGCGACGCUCUCCCAGUCGUCGCUGUGAAGUGCUGGGCCGAGUGCGUCGGGCGGCUGGACGUGGCCAACGUUGGGAGGAGCUUGCCGCAGCAGACGGCCUACCUGAUGGACAUGCUGGCGGUGGCCUUUGACUACUUGAGCGAUGACGAAAUAUUGGCUAUCAUUAAUAAAGGGGACGCCGGGCAUCAGUUCCUCCGCACGUUCAUGCCGGCCGUGUUCCCGCGGCUGACGGCGGAGCCCUACGUGCUGGCGCGCGGGUGCUCCGCCCUGCUGCGCGACGUGCUGAGCUGCGCCGCCAGCACCGACUGCAGGGAGCGCGUGCUGGGCUUCGUUGAUGCGCUGUGGCCGGAGUUUGCUCAGCACAGCACGACGGAGCAGAAGCUCAGUGCACUGUCGGCGCUGCGGCCCGCGCCAGUGCACAGCCGCGCCGCGCGCUGGGCGCUGGACGCCAUCGCCUCGCCCCACACGAGCCUCCAGCACAAGAUCGUGAUGCUGGACGUGCUGCCCAACGAUGUAAAGUACAGCUUGUUGGCGAAGACGCUCUGCCCGCACCUGCCCGCGCGGCUGGACGAGCUGACGGGGCUGUCGGCGAGCGCCUUCCAGACACUGCUCGACGCGCUCGCGGACAGCGCGUACACCGGCGACACUGCGGACACGCUGCUCGACACCGUCGUCACUGUAGCCGCGGGUGAGCCGUCCUCUGUGAACUGAUGGUGCACAGCUUCC